GGGAAAUCGUUUCUCAGCGGCUUGGAGGUUGCACAUACUUAUUGGCCUAGUCUUGAAGGAUGGAUUCCUUCAGCCUCGCGCUUCCCCUGUGUUGUUCAAUCACUGGCACUUCGAUUCCAUGCCUUCGCGUUGUUUUGUCUGUCGACUGAAAGGAAAGGGAUGUGUCCAGCCCUUAGGUUGCCAGUCUUGUGACGCAUGUCACGGCAAGCACGUUGAAUGCAUCCCGUGCCCAAUAAAGAUUUUAAAUAUGGUCAAAAAAUCGACCAGAGCUCGGGAGUGUCUGGAGGAGGUCAGGGCCUUGACUUCAAGGGACCCCACGUGUGUUGAGAUAGCGCUGCUCCCCAAAACUCGAGAGUUCCUUUCAUAUCUACAAUCGAUCCUUGGGGAUACAACGGGUCAGCUCGUGGCUGACGCGAGAAUUCCUCAACCAUCUACUGUCGUUUCGCCGACGGCGGUAUUGCCGACCACAACCCAUGGAUGGGUAAACUAAGUGGGGACUAUUUCAGCCAACGAGGGAUCCUCCAUCACAGUUCCACUGGCAGACGGGCCCGGAGAUGUGCCAGUUACUGAUGAUCCUGCAGCCUUCUACCCACCUUCCACCUUGGGAUCGUAC